AGCUGUUUCUAAAAUUUUAAACUCCCCAAACCCAUUAACUAGAACUCUAGAAAAAACCAAAUAAAUUCUACUUUUAUCUCAUAAUAAAACUCUGUCUGAACCUAGAAAUCCACCAUCACCAUCCUCUGUUUCAAGCUUUCAUUAUUAUCACCUUCUUUGAUCCCUAUUUUUGUUCAAACACUAUUAUCAGUUUUUUCUUUCCUCCUGUUAUAACACUCCAAGAAACCAGGACGAUUUGGCGUGUUCUAAUAAUCUUUUGUUCUUAGAGUUAAAAAUAAUGGAACAACAUAACUAUCAUUCUCAGACAAAUCUGAGUCCAAAAGUCUCAGAAAUCAGAGCUUCUUUGUCUCAGAUCAUAUUAGCAGAAGGACCAAACACACUCGACUCAGUCUUCUCAUUUCUCGCUACUUCCUCCGCCACAACAUCAUCCCUCCACACUCUCAACCCUCCGCCACCGCAGCUUGGCUCCUCCGUCUAUCUCCACCAACGAGAUCUUAUCGAGAGACUCCACCUUCAAAACAGAGCAAUCUCCACUCCUCCUCCUCUGUUUUCCUCAUCGUUCGAUCAUCAUCAAUCUUCUCCAUCCGCAGCUUUCGCCGCAGCGUUAGGGAGGACGACGGCGAAAAAGAAGAAGCUUUACAGAGGAGUGAGGCAGAGACACUGGGGAAAAUGGGUCGCUGAGAUAAGACUUCCCCAAAACAGAAUGAGGGUUUGGUUAGGCACUUACGACACGGCGGAAGCCGCCGCCUACGCUUACGAUCGCGCCGCGUAUAAGCUCCGAGGAGAGUACGCUCGUCUCAACUUCCCGAACCUCAAGGACCCGAGCGAGCUGCUCGGACUUGGAGACUCCGCUAAGCUGACCGCUCUCAAAAACGCAGUCGACGGGAAGAUUCAGUCGAUUUGCCAGAGGGUGAGAAGAGAGAGAGCCAAAAAGAACGGGAAAGGGAGCAAAGAUUCUUCUUCCACGGCGACGACGGCGGAUUCAUCCUCGCCGGGAACUCUGUCUUCUCCGGCGACAACCGCCACUGCGGUAACUUCAGAGGAUAGUUACCGGAAUUCGCAGAUGGGGGUGUGGAAUAGCAAGAAUAGUUCUCCUGCUUCGGUUUCUGUUUCCGAUGAAGUUCCGGCGACGACAACAUCGACGGCGGAGGAGGAGGAAGACACGAUGAUGGAUACAGAAGGGUUUUUACUUGCGAGGAUGCCAUCGUUCGAUCCUGAGCUUAUUUGGGAAGUUCUCGCUAAUUAAAUCACAAAACUUGGGUGUCAAGGAAUAUGAUGAGAAGAUUAGGGUUUUAGGUGUGAAUUAAGGUCUUCGUUCGAAAGUUGUUUUAGGGUUUUUAAUUAAAACUUUAAGCCUCGUGGUUUUUGAGAGAGGUUGUGAAAGCUCCUUUUUUGAAGUUAUAUUAUAAUCAUCCAAGGACUUUCUGAUUGUACUUUGGAACAAUUAUUAUAUGUAACAACUUUUGUUUUAGCAAAAGCUUACGGAGAUUUUUAGCAAAA